GUGGAUUUGACAUCUGCACGUUCUCUCCAGAGCAUUUAUGUGAUGUUAUCACAAGCACCUAAAUUGCGCAACAUAGCAAUUCUCAGAUGGUUCUCAUCUAAGACACUCAAUUCCGGCUUACAAGGUGACACACAAGAGGAGCUGAAGCGAUUGGGAUGCUUGUUCCCGUGCUGA